AUGUUACUGCAACUUUCGGACACGUUACUUCAUAGCAUGGACAAAGGUGAACUAAGUGGAAUACUUUUAGUAGAUUUCCGGAAAGCUUUCGACCUGAUAAACCAUGAACUUCUUCUACAGAAACUUGCUAUCUACGGACUUAAAGACGCAACACUGCAAUGGUUCGGAUCCUACCUGACAGAACGGAAACAACUCGUCUCAAUUGGCCACUCAACCUCAGAUCUCUUACCAGUUCGCAGUGGCGUCCCGCAAGGUUCAUCCCUUGGUCCUCUCCUCUUCAUCCUAUUUAUCAAUGACAUCCUUUUUGCAAAUAAUCAAUGCAAUUCCUAUAUCUAUGUUGAUGACACCACGUCAGCCAAUUCUGGACCAACGAUCAGUAUGGUAAGAACACAAGAGCUGACAACCUCGCCACCUGGGCAUCUGAGAAUAGAAUGGCAAUACAUCCUGACAAGACCAAAGUUAUGCUAG